UUUGACUACAGUUAUAGAGAUUACGUUCUGUCCUGGUAUGGAAACCUCAGCAGAGAUGAGGGACAACUUUACCAUCUGCUCUUAGAAGACUUUUGGGAAAUAACCAGAGAGCUGCACCACAGACUGAGUCACGUGGAUGUGGUUAAAGUUGUCUGCAAUGACGUUGUAAGGACUUUACUCACUCAUUUCUGUGACCUGAAAGCUGCUAAUGCCAGACAUGAAGAACAGCCAAGGCCUUUUGUGUUGCAUGCAUGCUUGAGGAACUCAGAUGAUGAAGUGAGAUUUCUGCAAAUGUGUUCUCGGGUUCUGGUGCUUUGUCUCCUCCCCUCAAAGGAUGUCCGGUCUCUCAGCUUACGGAUCAUGCUUGCAGAAAUUCUCACAACAAAAGUCUUGAAGCCAGUAGUGGAGUUUCUAAGUAAUCCGGAUUAUAUUAACCAAAUGCUACUUGCCCAGUUGGAGUACAGAGAACAGAUAAGUGAACAUCACAAGAGAGCCUACACUUAUGCUCCUUCUUAUGAAGAGUUCAUCAAGCUCAUAAACAGCAACUCUGAUGUGGAGUUCUUGAAGCAACUAAGGUAUCAAAUUGUAGUGGAAAUAAUCCAAGCGACUACAAUUAGCAGCUUUCCCCAACUGAAGAGGCACAAGGGUAAAGAAACUGCUGCAAUGAAAGCUGAUCUCCUGAGGGCCAGGAAUAUGAAAAGGUACAUUAACCAACUGACUGUGGCAAAGAAGCAGUGUGAGAAGAGAAUCAGGACCCUGGGAGGCCCUGCCUAUGACCAGCAAGAGGAGGGGACCUUGGAUGAGGGGGAAGGGCCUCAAAGCCAGAAGAAAUUAAUGAUGAAAGAGGAAGAAAAACAUGCCUCACGGCUGACUCCCAAUAAGGAUGAAACGGGUUCAGGAUGUGAGGCUGGUGAGGAAACUGUAGAUGAAGGUACCAGUCGGAUUAAUGAACAAGCCAGUUUUGCUGUAAACAAGCUACGAGAACUAAAUGAGAAACUUGAAUAUAAAAGGCAAGCUCUAAAUUCUAUUCAAAAUGCACCAAAACCUGACAAGAAGAUUGUUUCCAAGUUGAAGGAUGAAAUAAUUCUAAUAGAGAAAGAACGCACAGACCUUCAGCUGCACAUGGCAAGAACAGAUUGGUGGUGCGAAAACCUAGGCAUGUGGAAAGCGUCCAUCACCAGUGGAGAGAUUACAGAAGAGAGUGGUGAGCAAAUGCCAUGUUACUUUGUCAUGGUAAGCCUACAAGAAGUUGGAGGAGUUGAAACUAAGAAUUGGACAGUCCCAAGAAGACUCAGUGAGUUUCAGAAUUUACACCGGAAACUUAGUGAGUGUGUCCCUUCUUUAAAAAAAGUCCAGUUGCCUUCUCUUAGCAAGCUGCCUUUCAAAUCAAUAGAUCAAAAGUUUAUGGAAAAGUCAAAGAAUCAAUUAAAUAAGUUUUUACAGAAUCUGCUUUCAGAUGAAAGACUGUGUCAGAGCGAAGCACUUUAUGCCUUUUUGAGCCCUUCUCCUGACUACCUCAAGGUUAUUGACGUGCAGGGGAAAAAAACCACUUUUUCAUUAUCUUCAUUUUUGGAAAGACUUCCUCGUGACUUCUUCUCCCACCAGGAGGAGGAGAUAGAGGAGGACAGUGACCUGUCAGAUUAUGGUGAUGAUGUGGAUGGGAAGAAAGACGCCUUGGCUGAACCAUGUUUCAUGUUGAUUGGGGAGAUUUUUGAGCUUCGAGGAAUGUUUAAAUGGGUGAGAAGAACAUUAAUUGCCCUCGUUCAGGUCACUUUUGGAAGAACCAUCAACAAACAAAUCCGGGACACAGUGAACUGGAUUUUCAGUGAGCAAAUGUUGGUUUACUACAUCAAUAUUUUCCGGGAUGCUUUUUGGCCAAAUGGGAAAUUGGCACCACCAACCAAGAUCAGAAGCAAAGAGCAAUGUCAGGAAACAAAACAGAGAGCACAGCAAAAGCUACUCGAAAACAUUCCAGAUAUGCUUCAGAGCCUCGUUGGACAGCAAAAUGCCCGCCAUGGUAUAAUAAAAAUAUUCAAUGCACUGCAAGAAACAAGAGCCAAUAAGCAUCUGUUAUAUGUGCUGAUGGAACUACUGCUAAUUGAACUGUGUCCUGAGCUGAGGGCUCAUUUAGAUCAACUUAAAGCUGGUCAAGUUUGAAACUGCACAAAUAAACCACCAUAGAAAUGUCUGUGUAUAUAGACAUGAAACAUUUUCCUCUUUUCCACAGAGGGCUUGACUGAGAACCAUAUUGAUUUUUAUUUUAGUUACCUCCCUCUAGUUUUAUGCGAAAUAAGCAUAAUUGGAGAGGAGGGGGACUUGAUGCUGUAGUAGACAACAGGAAAAAAAAAAAAACUAUUGAUUUUUAUUUAUAUAAUAUCAAUACUUUAAAGCUCUACAUAUUGAUUGAAAUACAAAUGUUAAUAUGUGAUAAGAACCUAGGAAAUAUUUUAAAUAUUUAUGAAAACAGUUUUGUUUUAAAAUGAAGAACUAUGAAUAUUGUACAGUUAAUUUCCUCACUGAGGAUUCUGAACAUUCCUA